GAUGCGCGUCCACGUGAGCUUCUAGCGGUAUUUAAUGGGCAGCGGCUCUGAAGUGAACAUCUUUCUGCUGAAAAAAAAAAACACUAAAUAACCCAGAACACUAAGGGGAAAAGACAAUAAAUGAGCAUUUAAACGAUUUUCGGACCCAAGAGUAAGCGCAAGGCGGUUUAUUGCGCAUACGCGGAUGGUCUCCUGUAGAUUUUUGUCCAUCAGAAGGAUUUUAUUAGCAUGUAAGAUGUUUUUGUGAGCAGAUGAGGACACGUUGCGUGUUUUUUUUAAGGAUUAUGAGCCAGGGAUUGUGUAGGAUAUAUUCAUGACGGUGAAAAACAUUGAACUUUGUCGUGUUGGGCAUUAAGGUGUAACGCGUAAACGCCGCGGCGCACCGUAGUGUAGUGUAGUGUGUAGUGUAGUGUGUAGUGUAGUGUGUAGUGUUUAGUGUGUAGUUUAGUGUGUAGUGUAGUGUAGGCCACUGACGCCGACUUUAAUCUCCGAGGGCAAAAGUAAAGCUGUUUGCAGAUCCGGUUACUGCUAAGCCUGUGCGCUGUCUCGUCGGGAGCAUGCGGGGAAACAUGGCUGGAGAGGAGCUGAGCGAGACCAGAGCGCUGAGUGGAUCUGCGUGGCUGUGGCGCUGCCGUGGAAACUGAGGACGAGCGAGGCGCAGGUUUCCACCCGACACAUCCCUCCAGGAGAACUUUUCAUCCAUUUUUCUCCACAAAUAUGGGCAAAGACGAGUGCAAAACCAUGCUGGACGCUUUAAACAAGGUGACCGCCUGCUACAGGCACCUGGUGUCCGCUUUAGGGAGCACGUCGGACUCGCAGAACCUGCGGGAAGAGCUGAAGAAGACGCGGCGGAAAGCGCAGGAGCUGGCGGCGGCCAACCGGACCAGACUGACCGCGCUGCUCAAAGACAAGAGCAUCAGCAACGACGACCGCGCCGAGUACGAGCGCCUGUGGGUGCUCUUCACCAGCAGCAUGGAGAUCCUGGAGGUGGACAUGAGGAGGUCGCUGGAGAUCGGGCAGGAUUUCCCGCUCAAGGUGCCCACGCGCCACUUCAUCCAGACCGGCAUGACCGGGAGCACGAGCACGGUGGCGGCUCGGGCCAUGAGCAUGCAGAACAUGAAAUACGAAUCGGACGCGGGCAUCGACACAGCCGAUCUGAAAGACCUGGAGGCCGAGAUCGCUCAGCUCGACCAGAUGAUGGAGGAGAUGGAGAUGAAGGUGCAGGUGGCGCCGUGGGCGGUGGAGGCCAAGCAGGAAGCGGGAGCUGAACUCAAAUCCACAGUCAGCGUGGGAAACUCAUCCGUCGGUGUCAUCUCCAUCUGCGAAGAGGAACCCAAAGAUGGGGGCGAAGGUGAAGCUGGUGUCAUGAGGAUCUUCGCGGGCAUCAUUUUCACUGUGGUUUUACUCAUUGCAGGAAUUCUGGGAUAUCUGGUCGUCAAUCUUUGAAGUAGGAUCUUAUUAGAGUUGUGUGCACACUAAAAAAAAAAAAAAAAAGAUGACCUGCAGGAUUUAUUCUAGCCUGCAUAUUCACCUGGCAGGGUAUGUGUGUAUGUGUGUGUGUGUGUGAGUGAGUGUGGCUUGGACCUGAAAAACUGAAAAGCACAUUCAGUAGCAGUGUUUCAUGAAUCAGAGGCUGUUUUGUGAAUAUAAUGAAUCCAUGGGCCACAUUUCUAACUCAGUAUUAUUACACUGUAAACAAAAAAACCUGGCUGUAAAUUUUCCAGUAAAUUAUUGGCAGCACGGUUGGCGGUAAAGCACUGUAAAAUCUACAGUAAACAACUGUAAAACAUAUUUACAGUAAAGCACUGCAACGUCUUACAUAGGAUAAAAUAACAUAUAGUCCAGUACAUUUGCUCAUUUAGCUGAUGCUUUGGCUGAAUGUGCAACUGACACAGGACGGGAUUUGAACAUACAACUUUCUAAUCUGUAACUCAAAAGCCUUAUGCACUGAGCUCAGAUGGCUUACAUUGAUUCAGUGCAUUUUUUAGUGCGCAUUAAUUCAGUGGUAGAAGUGGUUGAAUCGAUUACAGAUCAUUGAGCUAUUUUGGUGGUUCAGUGGUUAAGGCUUUAAGUUACAGAUCAGAAGGUCAUGUGUUUAAAUCCCAGUACUGUCAAACUGCUAGAGUUGAGUCCUUAAGUAAGACUCUUAAUCUUCAGCUCGGUUGAAUCCUGCAUCAGUCGUACGUUGCUUGCUUUGUUUUCGAAAAUCAGCCAAAUGAGCAUAUGUACUGGAUUAUGUGUUAUCUUAUACUAUGUAAGAUAUCACAGUACCUCACUGUUGUGUUUUGCAAUUGUUCACUGUAAAUGUUACAGUCCUUCACUGGCAACUCUGCUGCCACUAAAUUAUUCUACAAUUUACAGCUAGUUUUUUAUCUAUUUAUUUUUUUUUUGCAGUGUAUGUUAGAGAGGAGGAUUUGCAAGCAAAAGACAAACUGAGAUGAUGUGGCAGAUUUAGUCAUUUUUGUGAGUGAAAUAGCAUCAAAUCAGGCCAGGCUCAGUGUUUACAAAAGGACCAGGCGGCUUAUCAGGGCUCUUGUGGAUCUUUGCAGAAAUAUCAUGUACAGCAAAAUUGAGAAAGAAUGUUUUCUUCCUUAAGGGAUACUAAAGAAACUGGUUCUAAUAGUUUCAGCUGUCGGUACAUCGAUUAGAAAUCUGAUUGCAGCCUAAUCCUGUUAGUUUAACCUGAACCGGAUCAGUGCCGUUAAAUCCAUAUAUAUAUAUAUAUGGACUCUAGUAGAGUCAAAUAGCCUUUCAUUGACUCUCUCUGUAGGGUCUGUAGAUUAAAAAUUUCAGUUUUUUGUAGCCCAGGGGUGUCAACCUCAUUUAAGGUGAGCUGGACCAAAAAAUUCAGAUUAGGGACCGAUAACACAUCAGGAACGCCCCUUAAACAUGUCCAUUUAUCUUCAUUUAUCUGAAAGCUACAAUCUAAAUGCACAAACACACUGAACAUGUAGUAUAUAACCUACAAAACACAUGAACACACUGCAAUUCAUUACCAAGACAACAACCUUUAUGGUCCAAAUUAUGGUUUUACUAUACAGCGUCUUGCAUAAGUGAAUGUUAAAACCUGGAACUGAAUUGGACUUAAUCAGUAAUAAAUGUCAGGUUUUUUUUUUUUUUUUUUUGCUAAUAAAGAAUUACAUACCAUUAACACAUUUUUUCAGUAGCUGAGUUUAUGACCCUGAGUUUAUUGCUCUAUUUUGCAUCCAAAAAAGAGACUAGCUCUUUGUUCGAAUCUUUAAAAUCAAUUACAAGACAAUUUUUAUUAACCCCUUACACCCUAAGGGUAUUUUAAAGCAGUUCCUGUUUAAAUGACAUCCCCAGAACUCAAGGCGUGAGUUUAUCUAUCUAUCUAUCUAUCUAUCUAUCUAUCUAUCUAUCUAUCUAUCUGUCUAUCUGUCUGUUUAUUUAUUACAAUGAUGGUCAAUUUAUUCAUACCAGUUGACAGAAAAGCUUUUAAAAUGUGAAGAAAAAGUAUUCUCAUCAGGUUUAAGGAUUUCCAGGCUAAGAAAAACAUUUGUUCAUAAAAAUAUAUCAUGGCAUUACAUGUGGCUACCUGAACCACAGAAUCAUUUUUAUCAAUGUUUAGAAUUUUUUAACGCAAUUAUUUUUU